GAAGCAAGAAGAAAGCUGUUACGGGUGGUCUUUCCAGCAGAAGACCUCAUGAGGAAAAAAAUCGGCGGCUGCAGAGCUUACCGCGACUUCGAGCCAUGCAGCCGCCUAUUCGGAAGCCCUUCUCGCCCGAGCAGCGAACGCGGCCAGGACCGCGUCGUCAAUCGGCCGCCGGCAUUUGGAGCCGUCCUUUCGAUGCUGUCGGGCCGCGCGCACGCGAGCCACAGAAGAGCCGCCGGUGGCCGCCUCCUCGCAGAGACUCACGGCAGAGCGGGACCGAAGCCUCUUCCUGCUCGCUGCUGCCGCCUGUGUUUCCCGGGGUUCGCGCACCGGCAUCGACGGGGACGUCGAAGGGGCCAACCGGUUCCUUCCAAUGGCUGGAACCGUUGCUGAAAGCGACCGAGGAAACGGCAGAGUCGGCAUUGUUCCAGAAUGCGUUGUCGUCACUGCGUGACACGCUCCUGUAUGCCUUGUUGACGAACUGAAUCGUAUCUGAUGUUGACGCAGUCGAUGAAUGUAGUACAGCAUCAAUUCUGAAAAAUCGAAGGCCGCUGAGAUAUCCGCACAAGUGUGAAUAAUACAGCGAGUUAUGUAUCUUAAUGAAGGUAGACUAUAAAUACACGUUGGGACGAGUAUCGCAAGUCCGACAUAUUGGAGGCGGACAGGCAAGCUACAGAGUUAGCAGAAACGAAAUAAACAACAUUUGACUAAUUGAGCUAUUAAUUAUUAACUUAAGAGCACAUGUCCCAGCUGUGGAAUUCAUGUGAGCAGUGAUGAAAUUUUAGCCACCUAGAGCAAAUUAUGUGCUUAUCACGAGUUUCGAGAAACCGCCCUUCCUCACAUUUUGUCGCAAGAUGAACUGAUGUACCAGUCAACACUUCUCAGCAGUUCACACAGCGAUGAUAAGUGGUAGCAGAAGUUCAGUAGUAAGGAAAGCCGAGCUGGUUGGUAUGAGCGCAUUGUGGAAUAGCG